UCUCUGACUCUGACUGGAAAUAAACUGUCGUUCUGCUUCACUCACGCAUCACAUGAAACAUCUUACGCUCAUCAGACACACUUCCCUUCAUCUGUCCUGAUAGGAUUCAUAAUCAUAACCAUGUCUUCAAACUCAACCCUCACAAUCAUGAGACGGACUGUUGAGCAGCUCAAACUUGAAGCCAGCGUGGAGAGAAUCAAAGUUUCUCAGGCGGCCGCAGAUCUUCAGCAGUUUUGCCUCCAGAACGCCAGUAAAGAUUCGCUACUGGUGGGAGUACCGGCGGCCAGUAACCCGUUCAGAGAGCCUCGUUCAUGCACACUUCUGUAGACUCCAGGAGGGAGGAGGCUGACGCUGAUUUUUUAUAUUAUAGAAGUGAAACAUUACAAAUGUUGUGCAAGUCUGAGAAUGUUAAUGCCUACAAGUUUCUUUUGUAUUUUAUAUUGUGCCAAUUAUAAGAAACUGAAGCAUUUAAACUGUAUGAAUGGAUUUAUCUUUUUAAUUUUCAUUAAUGUAGCAUAAUCAUA